GUCAUUAAUGAAAAAUGGCGUUUGUGUUAUGUUGAGAAAUUACAAUAAACAGAAAUUUUGUUUUUGUGUUUUAGUGAUCUUUCUUUUGUGACUUAAAAGUUUAAGCUACACUUUUUCAUACCAACGGUAAAGUAAAAGUGGACUGAUGAGUUUAUUGACUGAUGUCUGCCGUGGCACCCACUAUCCCCGGGGCUGACCCAGCAAAGGACAUACAAAAGCGUCGAGCUGGUAGUAUUGGGUCAGAUGAAGACGACGCAAGUGGUGGGAAAUACACAAGGAUGGAGGAGGAUAAUAUUCAAGAUAAGGAAAGAUUUGCAAGCCGGGAGAACCAUUGUGAGAUCGAGAGGCGUAGAAGAAACAAGAUGACGGCGUAUAUCACGGAACUAUCUGACAUGGUUCCAACAUGCUCCGCACUGGCGCGGAAGCCGGACAAACUCACCAUACUGCGUAUGGCAGUAGCACACAUGAAAGCUUUGAGAGGUACAGGGAAUACCUCUACAGAUGGAACAUACAAGCCAUCCUUUUUGACUGAUCAGGAGUUAAAACAUUUAAUUCUUGAGGCGGCUGAUGGUUUUUUGUUUGUUGUGAGUUGUGACACUGGCCGUAUAAUAUAUGUCAGCGAUAGUAUAGCACCAGUACUAAACUACUCACAGGGAGAGUGGUAUUCUUCGUGUUUUUACGAUCAAGUGCAUCCCGAUGAUGUCGAGAAAGUCAGAGAACAGUUGAGUACACAGGAGCCACAGAACACAGGCAGGAUUUUAGAUCUGAAAACUGGAACUGUUAAAAAGGAAGGUCAUCAAUCGUCCAUGCGUCAGGUAAUGGGUUCGCGGCGCGGGUUCAUCUGCCGCAUGCGAGUGGGCGGAACGGGCGGCGGCGAGGGGGCGGGGCUUGGCCGUCUGCGCGCCCGCAACUCGCUCGGGCCCUCGCACGACGGACACAACUACGCCGUAGUGCAUUGCACCGGUUACAUAAAGAAUUGGCCACCCACAGAUCUGUUUCCAGGUAUGCAGAUGGAUAGACCCGUAGAAGACGAACUGCACGCUUCACAUUGUUGCCUCGUCGCUAUUGGAAGAUUGCAGGUGACGUCGACGCCGAGCGCGGCGGAGGCGGGGCUGUGCGGGGGCGGGGUGGAGUUCGUGUCGCGUCACUUGGCGGAUGGGCGGUUCACGUUCGCGGACCAGCGCGCCGCGCAGGUGGUGGGCCACGCUCCCCCCGACUUGCUCGGCAAGCUCGCCUACGAGUUCUACCACCCGGAGGACCAGCAGCACAUGAGGGACAACUUCGACCAAGUUCUAAAACUGAAGGGACAAAUAAUCUCCCUGAUGUAUCGGUUCCGGACCAAGAGUCGCGAGUGGGUGUGGUUGAGAACGUCGGCCUUCGCCUUCCUCAAUCCUUACAACGACGACGUAGAAUACAUCGUGUGCACUAAUACUUUAGCAAACCGGUCCCUGGGCAGCGCGGGCGGCGAGGCAGUGUCGGACGAGAACUACGACUACCACCUGCGGCAGCGCGACGUGUACCAGGCGCAGCCCGCGCCCAUACACCAGCAGCACCAUCCUGCACCUGCGGGGCGGUCCCCCGGCGAGGCGGUGAGCGCGGCGAGCGCGGCGGGCUACGCGCACUACGCGCACGCCGCCGCCGCCGAGUACUCGCCGCACCGACCCGCGCACACGCCCCCCGCGCCGCCCGCCUCCGCGCCCCACACCACCUGGACCACGCUGCGCCCGAGCGGCGGUGCGAGCGGGGAGAGCUACGCGUACAGCGGCGAGGGCGGUACGGGCGCGGUGGCGGGGGCAGCGGGGGGCAGCCCCGCGCGCUCGCCGCCCGCGCCCGCCUACCUGCCGCCCGCGCACUACCAGCACCCGCCCGCGCAUGCGCACCCCACACACCCCGCACACCCCACACACCCCGCGCACCCGCCGCAUCCGCAGCACGGCAUGUGGGCGUGGCAGAGUGGUGUGGGCGGAGUGGGCGGCGCCGGGGCGGCCGAGGGCCACGCGCCGCACGAGCUGUCUGACAUGCUUCAGAUCCUCGACCAGGGCGGCGCCAGCACCUUCGAGGAUCUCAACAUCAACAUGUUCAACUCCAGCUUCGAGUAGACUGACGUUUCCUGGUGGUCAGGACGAACGGUUACAAAC